AUGCAGAAGCGUAGAGAAGUUCAAGAUGAUAUUUUUGAACCAAGAGGGUUUGGAGAUUUUGGUGGCUUUAGACUUCACGGAAGAAUGAUGCCAAGUCUUUUUGGAGGCAGGGAUCCAUUUGAUGAUCCCUUCUUCAGUGACCCAUUUGAUAGCUUGCUCGGUCCAAACUCUGCAUCAACAGCAAUGCAGAAGCCAAACAGAGGAAAAGGAAUAGUUAUAGAAGAGUUAGACUCUGAUGAUGAGGAGACUGAUAAUUGCCCUCAACAUGGAGACAAAGAUUUUGAUAAGAAAAAUUCCAAAUCAACCAUGGAACCGUCGGUUGAGCAUCCUGAUGAUGAUUUUAGUGGUAUGUUCUCUUUCUUUUUCUUUUUAAUGAAGUUUUGGGUAUUUCCAUUGACUCAGCUUGCGGUUUCAUACCUGGUCCUACCUCUAGAGAGAAAGAACAGCGAUGUAAAAUACAAGAAUGACCAUUACAUGGCUGAACCUUCGAAGGCUCGAACAUUUUCUUUUCAGAGUAGCAGAGUAACAUAUGGUGGAAUAGAUGGUGCAUAUUAUACUUCUACUAGAACCAGAAGGAUGGGGGAUAAUGGGGUGGUAAUGGAGGAAAACAAAGAAGCUGACACAACAACGGGCCAAGCAAAACAUAGGAUCAGCAGAGGAAUCCAUGAUAAGGGUCAUUCAGUUUUAAGGAAGCUUGACUCGGAUGGUAAGGUUGAUACAACGCAGACACUGCACAAUCUUAAUGAAGAUGAGCUUGCAGGAUUUGAAGAAGCAUGGAAAGGAAAUAACAUGGCACAGUUGCCAGGAUUUGAUGCUCACAAGAACAUGGAUUCUAGCGGUGGCAAACAGAACAGAAAGCAGGUUUGGCCACAAGCACGUUUGGAACCAGCAAGAAGAGAGAGAGGAUUUCCAUCAAACUAUGAGGAAGGAAACAAUUCUGGGGGAAGAACAAAGAAAGUUGUUAGAAUUAAUAUUCAGUGA